AUGGGUCAGACUCUAUCGGAGCCCGUUGUCGAAAAGACUUCGGAGAAGGGUGAGGAUGAGCGCCUCAUCUACGGUGUUUCGGCCAUGCAAGGCUGGCGCAUUAGUAUGGAGGAUGCUCACACCGCAGUACUCGACCUCGACUCAGCCAAGUCUCACUCCAGCAAGCUGUCCUUCUUUGGUGUUUUCGACGGACAUGGUGGUGACAAGGUGGCACUAUUUACCGGUCAAAACAUUCACAACAUUAUCUUCAAGCAGGACACCUUCAAGUCUGGUGACUAUGCUCAGGGUCUGAAGGACGGUUUCCUCGCGACCGAUCGCGCUAUUCUCAACGGUAUGCGCCAGCUUUCGGUCUUUUCCGUUCUCCGCCAUGCCCGGCAAUUGACAAAUCACCCCAAGUACGAAGAAGAAGUUUCCGGUUGCACAGCCUGUGUCAGCUUGAUCGCCGGCAACAAGCUCUAUGUUGCCAACGCUGGCGAUUCGAGAGGUGUUCUUGGUAUCAAGGGCCGUGCCAAGCCUUUAUCUCAGGAUCACAAACCCCAACUCGAGAACGAAAAGAACCGAAUCACAGCUGCCGGUGGCUUUGUCGACUUCGGCCGAGUGAACGGAAACCUCGCCCUCUCGCGUGCUAUUGGUGAUUUUGAAUUCAAGAAGAGUGCUGAGUUGUCCCCCGAGAACCAAAUUGUUACAGCCUACCCCGAUGUUGAGCAACAUGAUCUUACAGACGAGGAUGAAUUCCUGGUCCUUGCUUGUGAUGGUAUCUGGGAUUGCCAAUCCUCUCAAGCCGUGGUUGAGUUUGUCCGACGAGGCAUCGCUGCCAAGCAGGAGCUCGAAAAGAUUUGCGAGAACAUGAUGGACAACUGUCUUGCCUCCAACUCUGAGACCGGUGGCGUUGGCUGCGACAAUAUGACCAUGGUCAUCAUCGGCUUCCUCAAUGGAAAGACCAAGGAAGAGUGGUACGAGGAGAUCGCCCGCCGGGUCGCCAACGGAGAUGGCCCAUGUGCCCCUCCCGAGUACGCCGAGUUCCGAGGACCUGGAGUCCACCACAACUUUGAGGAUAGCGACAGUGGCUAUGAGAUGGAUCCUGAAAAUAAGGGACGAAGCUUUGGAGUUGGUGGGUACCGAGGCCGGAUCAUUUUCCUCGGCGAUGGCACUGAGGUUCUUACGGAUUCAGAUGAUACAGAAAUGUUUGACAACGCCGACGAAGACAAAGACCUCGCCAGCCAGGUCACCAAAAAUCCGUCAUCCGUCGAGAAGGACACCGCUCCUGUAACCGCCCCUGGCGCCGCCGCCGAUAACGCUUCCGCCGAUACGAAACCCGCCGAUGCAGCCGUUACGAAGCCUACCGACAAGGACGCAGCGGAGGAGGUGAAGAAGGAGGCCAGUGUCCAGGAAAUCAAGAAGGAAGAAUAG